CCCUCCAAAUUAUCAAUGUCUUCUUCUCUUUGAAACCCCACUUUCUUCUUCUUCUUCUUCUUCUUCUUCUCCUCCAAAACCACCCUUAUUUUCUCAUCCAAUUAGAUUCAAACAAGGGUAUAACAUGAGACGAAACUGCAACUUGGAACUUCGCCUCCUUCCUUCUGGUUCUUUUCCCGGCGACCGUCACGACAUGGUGGAAGAGAGCAAUGAAAGCCCACAAAACCAACAGCAACAGCUGACAAUUUUCUACAAUGGAAGAGUUUGUGUUUGUGAUGUUACAGAGCUCCAGGCAAGAGCCAUUCUAAUGCUAGCAAACCGAGAAAACAUGGAUGAAAGAAUAAAAACUCCAACAGGAUCAGCACCGGCUUCACCAACGCUAUCACCUCAGCUAUAUAGCCCAAGUGCUGGACUUUCCAUGAAGAAAUCUCUUCAAAGGUUCCUCCAAAAACGCAAGAAUAGAAUCCAAGCUGCCUCUCCUUACCAGCAUUAGUGGAUUAAUGGAAGGAACUGAUCUAUCUUUUUGGCUACCAAUUACUACCAUCUAUCAUUCCAGGAAAUUAAGGAGGUUGCCCAUGGCUAUAUACAUAUGGACAUGGGAAGCUUUUUUCUUUUUUUCUUUCUUUUUUUUUUUUUUUGUAAAUUUAUGUAUGAAAUAUGCUAGUAGCUCGAAGAACCAUCAAUUUUACAUUUGUUAAUUGAUUUUUUGGUGCCCA